AUGACCCCCGAAGCGAUCGGCAUCUCCGUCGCGCCCUCCCUCUUCCACUCCUGCAUCCACGAGGGCCAAAAGGUCAAAGUGGAAGACGUCGAGCGGUUCAAGCUCGCCAGCCAGGUCGUCUCCAACAUCGUCAAGUCGUUCGGGCACACGACGUUAUUCCCCAGGGAAUGCUACGAGUUCUACGCGCGGAUAACGGGCCGCACGCUGCGCUACGACCAAAACGCCGCCUGGUGUUCACCUUCCAGUAUCCUUGGCGAAGGCCAGUACGCGCCGGAUAUCGUCAGCGGCGCCUACCGCGCCGCCGCCAUGGGCUCGUUGCAC